UUAAGCCGUUGAGUACGGUCGGUAAUUGUUCGUAAAAUUAUCGCAGCUACAUUAAAUUCAAACAAUACUUUUGUGUGAUAACACAAAAAACACGUAAAAUCCACUGAAUUCACAAUCAAAUUACACAAAAAUAAAUAAUCCACGUAUGUUACAUUUAAACUGGAAUAAAUACAAUUUUAGACAAUGUUUAGUGGGAGUAAUUGUAACAAUAGAUGUUAUCCUCGUCGGUGCAGGCUACACAUUCUCGGCAACUUUACUCCCACAAUUAGAAAAUGAAGAUUCAACAAUUCAUGUAACAAGAAACGAAGAAACAUGGAUAGCUUCAAUAUCAAGUCUAACUUGUAUUCCUGGCACGCUUCUCGGUGGAAUGUUGCAUCAAUUCUUCGGUUGCAAAUGGGCAUUCUCCAUAAUAUCCUUUUCAAACGCCUUGGCAUGGGGUUUACUCUCGCUGAGCACCCAAGUCAGCCAUCUAUUACUCGGACGCGCGUUUCAAGGAUUAGUAUCAGGGUUAGGCUUCGUUGUGGGAUUCUGCUUCAUGUCUGAAGUAGUAGAUUUAAAAUAUCGCAGUAUCCUGUUGAAUAUGAUGAACAUAGGAUGUGCUCUCGGAAUGCUAUUCGUUGAUCUCAUGGGAAGCUAUUACGCAUGGCAGAUUUCUGCAUAUGUGCUUUCAGCGCUAGCUGUCACAUAUUUCCUGAUUUUGCUUUAUUUAAAAAACACUCAUGUGUGGUACCUUCAUCGCGGGAACGUUGAACGUGCGAAAGAAUUAUACUUCUGGUAUAAAGAUGAUUCGCCAAAAAGUGAAGAAGAUUUCCGUGUGGAACAAAAAAUAGCACAGAUUACCAUAACCUAUGAAGAGUUAUUAAAAGAAUGGAAACGCAGGGAAUUCCUAGUUCCAUUCGGAGUUGUUUUAUGGUUUAAUACAACUGUUAUGUGUACAGGUGGAGUUGGGAUUUCCCUGUACUCAGUUGAGAUCAUGAGAAGUGUGGUAUCUAUUGAUGAGUAUAUGACAACUGUAAUCACUGACAUUUUGAGGCUUAUCUCUACGUUUGGUAUCAAUAUCCUACUAAAAUACACUUCAGUGAGGUUUACCAUCAAUCUCACUUCAAUAUUAUGUUCUACUACAUUACUUUUGAUAUCUUUAUCUCUAUAUUUAAAAGAUUCUUGGAGUGGAUGUAGUACCAUAGCGUUGAUAUCAAUUUGGACGUUUAAUUUCUUCUUCAAUUUAGGUUAUAUUAACUUGGCUAUUAUUAGCAUGGGUGAAUUAUUUACUGGUAUAGGUAAAUCCAGUGGUACUACAUUAUCAGGAAUGUUAUACUUUGGUUUAUUUUUUGCUUGUGGUCAAUUGGUGCCCAUGAUAUUUGAUAAUUUAGGGCAUGUUGUAGCGUUUCUUAUGUUUGGAUGUUUUACCAUUGUUGGUGGCACAGGGUUGUUUUUUAUUAUGCCGGAGACAAAAGGAGUGAGCAAUGAACAAAUACGAUUAAAUUUUCAAAGUAAAACGAAAAAAUGUAAUAAAACUUUUGAUAAUAUUUAAAUAAACAUGUUUUGUUGAUUUAUAA